AUGAGUGUGAGAGAUAUCUCGGGCACAUCCGAGAUACACCGGAGGCCACUUCAUUUACCUCCUCAUCCCGGUCUCCCACCAUCGUCGCGAUCAGCUUCUGCUUCAUUCACACCUGGGCUCGCGGCGCAAACUACGUCUAGCUUGCAUCAUGCGAACGCGUCUCUACCUGUUGCACAUCAAUAUUCUGGCACCUCCGGACAGGCACAUUAUGGUGUCCUAAACUCGGCACGUUCUACAGCCCGCGUCGAAAGCUCUCUGCCCUCGUCGGGAUAUUCGACGUCGACCACAAAGAGACCAAAGAUCACGCGUCGAGACGACGAGGUAGAACGCAGAGUCGCUCGGAGGACCGGUGCUUCCGGCGGCGAACGUCUCGGCCAGCCUGGAAACAUCCCGCGCGGGAUGGGUUCUGCGAGCUGGAGUAGACCCCCUACGGAUCCGAGCCCGCUCUCUUUGGAUUCAUCCAUGGCGGUCGACUCGACGAUGACUGAUCCGCCUUUGUAUACGGGGCUUACUUCGGGCUUCGUUGGUGACAUGAACCAUCAACUUCAGCACGAGUCGGCAAGCUCGAGCGCAAACUCUCUUCCUCUCAACGUCCCAAUCGUGACCUCGAGUGUGGCAACUAACGCAGAUGAGGCCAAACCUGCCAAGCAACGGCGUCGCACCACGCAGAUGAUGUCUGGAGUUGAACCCACCGGUAUCAUCGGUCCCUCUCCCAAUGCUCAAGGGCCCCCACUUUCCGCCAAAGCAAAGGGAAAGAGACGAGCCGUAGCUACUGCCGAUGGUGAGAAGGCCCCCGCAAGUAAGCGCAGAAAGACCUCAGACGAUCGCAAAGCACCUGCACCGCUCGUGGAUACAUCACAGGUGCUCUCGCUCGCGUUAAAUCACCCGACAGGAAGCGAAGUCGAUCCGGCCGAUAUAUCGAAGUCGUCGCUGCAUUCAGUACGCAGCGGACCUGCUCGCUACAAGAAGGUGGUGCUGUAUGACGCGAACGGAGUGCCUUUGCCAGAACCAACAGGCACUCGUCCGCCUAAGCUCAAGAAGGGCGUCAGAAUAACCCCUUGGAAGUCUGUGCGCCCUCUGGCAUCUACCACUACGUCGCAUCCAUCGCUAUCAACGACUGCAGGCCCACCUCGCAUAUGGUGUAGUUCAUUUGAGGAUCUUGAAGCUGCCGCGCCGAUCUUUGACCGCUCUGCCUUCUGGUGUGGCGUGCGGCGUGGGAUGUUCGAUGCGCCGACGCUACUGUUCCUCGAUGCGAACGACAAGCAGUCCAACCUGGGGCUUCACCCGAAUGACAGUUGGUCAGGCCGCCAGCUCAAAUUCACCAUGUGCUACGAGUACAAGAUGAUGCCAACGAGCGUGACGCUCGGUCAAUCUUCGCUCCAAAUAAAGGAGGAGACGCUGGACGCGACGCUACCAAAGGGUCCUCUGCCCGACCCUCCACCACUUGGAGUACGGCUUGAGGCGCCUCAGAUAGAACCGUCGACAUCGGCAUCGUCAUAUUCGUCUCUGGAAGUAGUGUUCGACGUGGACAUGGACAUGUCGCCCUCAGCGGAUCUGACGCCUGAUCCACGCUUGACGAUCAAGAUCCCACCCCGCGCGUCCGCCCUUCCGUCCGUUCAUCAGACAUUGUUGCUGGGUGGAAAUCCUUCCUUGUCGAGCGAUGUGAGCCGCAUGGCCGAUCUUCGUCUGGGCACGUCAGACGCCGCAAAGUCGGGACUUCCGACACUGGCCGCACCUUCUACUGUCGACUCUCCCGCCCCGUUUCUCGCUCCUCGGACUGCAGAGGAUGUCGCGACAAGACAGGUUCCCGCCACUCCCGAGAAGAUGCCUGCAGUGCCAGUCGAGCAUCCGCCGCCGCCGCCCGAAGUUCAGAUGUUGCUUGACGCGUCUAGGCGUAAAGGACCUGUGGCACCAGUCGUCUCAAAGAAGUCGCCUAUAAUGCCGUGGCUUCUACCGGAUGACGUCGGUUGUGUGUGGGCGGGACUAUUCACAAUUGAAGAUGUUGAGGAAAGCACUGCGAACGCCGACCCCUCUACAAGCACUGUGCGCCGAUCAUGGACCUUCCAGCUGCUCUGGGUACCGGGCGGGGAAUUCCUGCUCCGAGACGAGGAAAAAGACGGAAAGGCGUACGACGACUGGCUGAAGACGGUAGAGCGCCCGUGGUGGGAGACGCGAGCAGACACUGUUCGGCCGCCCGGACUGAAGACCGAAGCAGAGAUUCGCGCUGAGCUCGUUCCGUCGCUCAUUCCCGAAGGCUUGCUCGCGACAUUCUUGCCUAAAUUGCUCGGCGAGAGCAACUUUCCGCACGGGUUCUACUGUCAAAGAUGCGGGCGCGUGAACGUGCAGGUGUCCCUCGUCCGCCAAGACUGCAAGAGCGCAUCGUGUCCUCCCUCGACAUCAACCUCGGUCUCAGCGACCGUCGUCGCCGAGUGGGUCCCAGCGCGUACUUCUGUCCUUUCUAUGGCGGACAGCGCAUGGGUGCCGGCCAUCUCGACUCGCGUGCUCAAGCUCAACGGGAUGUCGACGCGCACCUACAGUAUUCCGAACGGCGACGACAUCUAUGCGCCGCCGGCUGACGGCACCGCUCUCCACAUGACCGCCACCCACAUCUUCACGAGCAACAUGAUCAAACAUCAAGAGUCGCCGUCGGAGAUGUUCACGAAGAUUCAACGUUGCAUACCGUUGCAGAGGUCACCAACCGAGUUCGCGUUCCUCGCGUCAGCGACCUUUCCUCUGCCAAGCGGUGAUGCUGUGAAUGGGCGCCGGUAUGAAGUGAACGCGUUUGGGGAGAUAGAACAGCUCGUGCGGGAGCGUGUAGCGGAGUACGGCCAUGGAAUAGGCACGCUGGAGGUUAAGAAGCUGAGCAUCAAGACAUGGAUAGCUAUGAAGGAGGCGAGGGUCAAAGAGGAUCUACCGCGCGUUCCCGAGGGAGGCGCCAUAGUCCUCAUGUGCCUCGGCGCCAAUACGCAGAUCAGCUAUACGCCGCAGGCGAUGAAGGCGCCGAUGAAGAAAGAUGAGCGUUUCAAGUCGGCGGCGAAGAAGGAUGCGCUGCGCGUCAUGCUCAUCCAUGGCGAUGUGUUUGUGGUAUCCGGCGCGGCUGUUGAGGCUGGGCUACAACUCGGGAUGAUGAGAACGGGGACAACAAUUUUACUUAUCGCGGAGUGCGCUAAGGAGACACCGGUCUGA